AUGGCUCCCACAGAAGGAAAGAGUCGUAAACCAGCUAAUACGGCGUUCAAGCAGCAACGUUUAAAGGCAUGGCAACCGAUCUUGACACCAAAGACAGUAUUGCCCACCCUUUUCAUAGUCGGGAUUAUAUUCGCUCCUCUAGGUGGUUUGUUGCUGUAUGCUAGUAACACCGUCUCCGAAAUCGAAAUUGACUAUACAGAUUGCGCCGACCAACCAGCAGAAUUUGGCCCAAUGCCCUCCAACCUUGUUAAAAUCUCGUUUGCCAGUAACAAUGGCCAGUCAGAUAGUCCGCAAUGGCGUGCCACAGACGUCGCGUACAACGAUAUUCCAACGAAACGGUGUGAGAUUAAAUAUAAUAUUCCAGCAGAGUUGAAAGGUCCCGUCUAUAUGUAUUAUCGAUUGACCAACUUCUAUCAGAACCAUCGUCGCUAUGUAAAGAGUUUUGAUGCCAAGCAGCUCCAAGGUGACGCGGUGUCAGCGGCAACGUUGGAGGCUGGAAAUUGUAAACCAUUGGCGACGAUAGAUGGAAAGCCUAUAUAUCCUUGUGGAUUGAUUGCGAAUUCUAUGUUCAACGACACUAUAUACGAACCUCGACUUAUCAACGCAACCGGUCCAAACACUGAAACACCGAUUAACUUCACUUCAGUUGGAAUAGCAUGGCCAUCAGACCGUCAAAAGUAUGGUCCAACAAAGUACAACGCGUCUGAUGUAGUUCCUCCGCCAAAUUGGCAAAACAGAUUCCCUGGUGGUGCAUAUAAUGAGACCAAUAUUCUUACCGUUACUGAUGAGGCAUUCCAAGUAUGGAUGCGUACGGCUGGGUUGCCUGAUUUCAGAAAAUUGUAUGCAAAAACGGGCGAGUCUUUUGAAGCAGGACCAUAUCAAAUCGAUAUUGACUUACUAUUCCCGGUCAAAGUUUACGGCGGUAGAAAAUCGAUUGUAUUUUCUACAGUGUCAUUCUUGGGAGGAAAGAAUCCGUUCCUGGGCGUUGCGUAUGUUGCAGUCGGUAUUUUGUGUGUGAUUCUUGGAAGCAUAUUUACGGCGAAACAUUUACUCAAACCAAGAAAACUUGGCGAUCAUACAAAAUUAUCAUGGAAUCAGAAUUCGAAGAAUUCAAAGGGAAGUGGGGGAGGACAAUAA